UCUGCAGCGUCAUUGACAUUGUUCUAGGAAACAACUCGUGAUUCCAAUGGCGGCGAUAAGUGGUUGUGAGUCUGAGUGUAAAGGUCUUGAUUUUAAAGAUGAUGGGAAAGCGAGUGAAGAAUGACAAGCUUCUAUCUUGGUUCGAACCUUAGAGCUUUUUCUACUCCCAUAAUUCGGUGGAGAUUGAGGUUGGAUCCAAAAAAAACUUCACUCUAGUUUUAAUUAUUAGCGUGCUUAUUAUGAUGUCUGGUCAUGUGUUUUAGGAGACAUUAGUAGUAGCAGGGAAAGGAACAUCAAAGAUAGAGUUGCAUUCCAAACAAAGUGAAAGGUAGAGAUUAUGGACGAUGGGUACAAGUUUAGAAAGUAUAGGAAGAAGAUGGUGAAGAGCAGCCCCAACCCAACGUACAUGAACCAAAAAAGUCAAAAACUAAUUGGAGUGCUUGGAAAUUUGGAAGUAGCGAAGCCAAAGAAGUUGAGAACUCUUUUGUUCAGGAUGAUUGUUGGAAAACUAAAUCUAACGAUAAAGAUAAGCAUCAAAUAUCAAAUAUGGAAGAAGGAACACAAGCAAUGCCCAACUUUUGAUAAAUUAUACAAGCAAGAUUGCGAACUAAAUCAGCAAAAGUCAAAGGAAGAAGCAGCGAGGAAGGAGAGAAAGAAAAUAGAGUAGCUAUGAACACUACCUCACUUAUGCAUUAUCUUGUUGCAAUGUAAUUAUCAUAUAUUAUCUUGUUGUGAUGUAGUUAUGCUAUU